UAUAUAUAUUACAGAUACACACGUGAACUGGAAAGCGAAAGAGAAAUAAUUAAAGCGCAAAGUGUAACGAGUCCCCACCACACAUGCGCGCGCGCGCGCAUUCGUACACAUGCGGUACCGUUAUACAUAGAUCCACACACACAUAACACCAUUCAUUGCGGUGGCAUAGGUAACCUUGAAAAGACCACCCUCGAAGCGCUACUACACGUUUCAGUUCUGUAGUGAAUCCAUCAGAGUUUACUAUUAGUCUGUUUUUAACUGUAAUCGCAAUUGGCCACAAUCCUUCUCUUCCAAAAAACAUUGCGACACAGUGCAAAAUAAUCAUUUUCAACGAGCAGAGGUAAAGAUGCCUCGUUGAUCCUCAUUGUCGUCAUCCUUAUCGUUGUCUUCAUCGCCUCAUCAAAAUGUCACCGUGAAGAGAAUCACGAUCGAUGACACUCGACGGGAGUGUUGCGGAUUGUUGACGUCCGCUCAUAGGUUAUACAUUGCGGUGUUAAUUGAGAUUCUCUCUCUCUCUCUCUCUUUCUUUCUCCCUCUCCUCCGGAAGGAUGCCAUCCGCGAGGAAUUGAAACACGGCGAAAGCUGUAUGCAAUAAUCAUUACGGUGCUUAGACAGCAUGGUGCAACGUCCGGUCGCGCCUCGGCGCAACGUGAGAAUAUUGUUGAUCGGCGAGCGAGGUGUCGGCAAGACCUCCCUAAUAUUGUCUCUGGUGAGUGAAGAAUACGCGGAGGAAGUGCCCAGCAAGGCUGAGGAGAUCACGAUACCGGCCGACGUCACGCCAGAACAGGUGCCGACGCAUAUAGUCGAUUAUUCAGCGGUGGAGCAAACGGAUGAUCAACUGGCGGAAGAGAUUCAGAAGGCGCAUGUGAUAUGCGUGGUUUAUUCUGUGGACGACGAAGAUACUCUGGAUAGAGCCGCUAGCUAUUGGUUACCCUUAAUCAGAAGAUGUUCGCCUGACAAUCGAUGUCCAGUUGUGCUCGUAGGCAAUAAGAUCGACCUGGUAGAUUAUUCCACUAUUGAGGCUGUGUACCCCAUUAUGAAAGAGUUUACAGAGAUUGAGAGCUGCAUAGAGUGCUCGGCGAAAACACUUCAGAAUGUUUCAGAAACAUUUUAUUAUGCACAAAAAGCAGUUUUGCAUCCUACCACACCUUUGUACAAUUAUGACACACAGGAGCUCACGGAGGAAUGCAAAACUGCCCUAAAGCGAGUCUUUAAAAUAUGCGAUGUAGAUAACGAUAAUCUUUUAAAUGAUAUGGAGUUGAAUGCGUUUCAACAGUGGUGCUUCAACACACCAUUACAACCACAAGUACUGGAGGAUGUAAAAGCUGUGUUAUCAAAAAAUAUUUGUGAUGGUAUAUGUAACGGAUGUGUCACGAUGAAAGGUUUUAUGUAUUUACAAUGUUUAUUCAUACAACGUGGAAGGAACGAAACGACUUGGGCUGUGUUACGAAAAUUCGGAUAUGAUAACGAGCUGCAAAUGUCAAAAGAAUAUAUUCAUCCUUCAUUAAAAGUCCCGCCUGGCUGCACGACUGAAUUAUCACAUAAGGGACAGGAGUUUUUGACAUUAUUGUUUAUGCAACAUGAUCGCGAUCGUGACGGAGCGCUUUCGCCCUUAGAAAUGGAGUCAUUGUUCUCGCGUUGCCUCGUCCCACCAUGGGGCGACGAAUACAAGUACACUGUAUCCACAAACGAAAAGGGAUGGAUUACGUUCCAAGGAUACAUGUGCCAAUGGGCGCUAUUGACACUGACGAACGUGCGUAAGACCUUGGAAUAUAUGGCGUAUUUAGGCUACAAUAUGUAUCAUAACGAGUCUCAAACGAGUUCAAUUAUCGUGACUCGUGAAAAGAAAGUAGAUCUAGCAAAGAAGCAAUCGAGUAGAAACGUUUACACCUGUCAUGUGAUAGGUCCGAAAAGCAGUGGAAAAACUACAUUAUGCAGAACUUUUAUCGAUCCUAAACUUGUGAAAUUAAAUGAUGAGACGGUACCGUCAAAUGCCCAUAUUACUGUGAAUACAUUGCAUGUAUAUGGGCAGGAAAAGAUGGUGGUAUUGAAGGAUAUAAACGUGCUGAAUGUGCAGGACGCCUUAACGCCAGCAGAAAUACAGUGCGAUGCGGCGGCUCUCGUUUACGAUGCCAGUAAUCCAAAAUCGUUCGAAUAUAUAGCACGUAUCUAUAUUAAAUACUUUGCCGAUAGCAAAAUUCCUGUUCUGAUAGUAGCGAACAAAAGCGACCUUUCCGAAGUGAAACAAGGAUAUCUACUGCAACCGGCUGCUUUUUGCAGCAAAUACAAACUGAUGCCUCCACAACCGUACAGUAUUUCGCGCACAAUACGCCGUGAAAUCUUCGUCAAACUAGCUACAAUGGCAGCAUUUCCCCGCUUUCAAGGAGCAUGGGUAUUAUUUUACAGAGACAGCCAUUUGAGGCGUAUGGUCCACAUGUUGCUUGUCGAAACCUCACCCUCUCAGUGGUGGAAUUCUUUCACAAGACACAUAAAUCAAUUCGGCCUAAUGCAAGGGGAUUCCUUGGUGUGGUGGAAGGCAGGACUUGGAAUCGCAGUCGCUACGGUCGCUGGUUACGUAAUGAUGCGCGUAUUAAAUACAGAAAAAAGAUAGUCUACCAUAUUCGUGCUACUCGUGCGCGUUUAACUGCCUCCUAUUAUCGAUUAAAGAAAGAGAAAUCCGUUAUUAUAGAUAAUCGCGUUAUAUAGGCUGAAUAUGCGGUGUACGUACAUAUACAUAUACAUAUAUAUAUUCAUAAAUCAUACUCUAAUUUUCAAAAUAUAAAAUAGCCAAGUAUUAGAGAGAGAAUUACGCGAUAAGUGCAAAUACUUUUGUGUAGCAAUGUGCGCUUAUUUUAUUCUGGUCAGAAUACUCCAGUUUUUAUUUACUGUUUUCUCUUCCGAUAUGUAUCAUCUUGUAAGAACUAUUUUCAUCUUAUA